AUGGCCGCCGCCACUGCCGAACCUCCAAAGACAAACCUCAAUGGUUACGUAGGGUUCGACACCAUCACCCGACAGAUUGAGAAAAAGUUACUAAAACGUGGAUUCCAGUUUAACAUCAUUGUCGUUGGUCAAACCGGUCUCGGUAAAUCAACUCUCAUCAACACCAUCUUCGCGGCUCAUCUGAUUGAUAGUAAAGGUCGCACCUCAGCCGAAGAACCUUUCAGACAAACGACUGAAAUUCAAACUGAAUCACAUUUAAUUGAAGAACAUGGGAUUCGUUUGAGGUUAAAUAUUGUCGACACCCCCGGUUAUGGUGAUCAGGUCAACAAUGAAAAUUGUCUUAAACCAAUUGAUAUUGUCGUGCUCAAAAAAUUGUCCGAGGUUGUUAACGUUGUUCCCGUUAUCGCCAAAUCAGAUUCACUAACGAUGGAUGAACGCGUCGCAUUCAAAGAAAGGAUAAAGUCGGAGUUGUCUUAUCACAACAUCAAGUUAUAUCCUUAUGAGAGUGAUGAACUUGACGACAACGAAAUUGCUCUUAACGAACGCAUCAAGCAAAUGAUUCCGUUCGCCAUCGUUGGAUCCGAGAAGAAUGUUCUUAUUGAUGGAAAACAGGUUCGCGGACGAAGGAAUCGAUGGGGUGUUAUUAACGGGUCCACGAGUCAUACCCAGAUUCUCGAAGAGUUUCAUGCCGCUACCUGCAAGAGCAUCCAAACAUCGCCAAAUGAAAAUGAUCUUUUGUUUAUUGAGUAA